AGCGGAGGAGGCUCCGCCGCGGGGGGAAGGGCCGAGGCGGAGGCGGCUCUGGUGGAGCGGGUGGGGGAAGGGCGAGCGGUGGAGCUUCGGCGGCAGGGAUGGAGCACCAUCAGCCCGCCAGCCGCUACCAAGUGCUUCACAAUGAGGAUGACCCUCCUGAAUCUUCAGUGGCUGAGCAGCCUUCUACUUCUACAGAGACGACACAGACUCCUCAGACAGCAGCCUUAUCUGAAGCAGAUACCUCCCCACCACCUUACUGUAGCAUAGGCGUAGAAGCAGCUGCAACCUCAGAAACACACAAUGAAUUUUAUCCUGUACCACCUCCAUACAGUGUAGCUACCUCUCUUCCUACUUACGAUGAAGCAGAGAAGGCCAAAGCUGCAGCAAUGGCAGCUGCUGCAGCAGAAGUUACCCAACGUCACGCCCAGUUUAGGGAGUCUAGGAGUCUGUUUGAUGAAAUAUUCCACAGUCGUCCCGAGGAAGAAGAGUAUCCACCACGGGAUGAUUUCAGUGAUGCAGAUCAGCUUAGAGUGGGCAAUGAUGGCAUCUUCAUGUUGGCAUUUUUCAUGGCAUUUAUUUUCAACUGGAUUGGAUUUUGUUUAUCCUUCUGUAUAACCAAUACCAUAGCUGGAAGGUAUGGUGCAAUCUGUGGAUUUGGUCUGUCUCUGAUCAAAUGGAUUCUCAUUGUACGGUUUUCAGAUUACUUUACUGGAUAUUUCAAUGGACAGUACUGGCUUUGGUGGAUAUUUCUGGUACUUGGACUCCUCCUGUUCUUUCGAGGCUUUGUCAAUUAUCUUAAAGUCAGAAACAUGUCUGAAAGCAUGGCAGCUGCUCACAGAACAAGAUUCUUCUUCUUGUAUUAAAGACUGCAUCAAACAGACAUUCCUUUCUUGUACCAGUGUGAAAUUUCCAGAUGAUCCCUAAUCCUGCAAGUUAAUAGGAUAGAAGACUACUAAAAACAGAAGACAAAUAAGUGAAGAUACUGCUUCAAAAUAGAAUGACAGGAUGGCUUAUGCUCAAGUGCCAGUUGUAGUCAUUCUAAUAAAUAUUUAUAAUUGCUGCCUUUUGUUUCAGCACAUCUGCAUACAUGCUUACUAAAAAACAAUAGUGCUGAAGUAAGAACAAACCAUCUAUUAGUAUUGAUUAGGUACAGUCAGACUUGGUUAAUCUGUGCUUGUUUUACCUGACACGUGUAAGUGGUAACUUGUUUCACAAAACGUGUGUACCACUGACUUGUUGAUCUGAAGUUUGAGUAAAAUGAAAUGCAUUAAAUGAUUUAGAUUAACCAGUUCAGACAAUUUUUUCUAUAAUUUAGAUUCAUCUAAUGAUUAUGUAGAACAAUUUUACUAUUUACUAAAACUCAAAAUUUCCUUGGUGUCACGAACUUGCAUUCAUCAAUAUUUUAUUGAAUUCACACCAGAAUACUGGUUUACUUAGGGAUGAUACCCCACGUUGAGUCCCCUGUAAAUAAUUCUGCUUAGAUUACUAUUUAAAUUGCUUCUUAGGAACUGUGUCAAAAUAUAUUUUGUAACAGUAUAUUCUCCAAAUUGUUUAAUCUGCAUAAGAGCUAUAUGCAUUUUUUUGUUAAUUUGACUAUUUGGGUAUAAUUACUAUUAGAUGUAAUUUUUGAGGUAAAGGCGUUGAAUUGGUUAUCAUCACAGCUUUCCUCACAUGGAUUUUAGCAGGAAAGGGCUUGAGUCGGAAAGCCCUCAUUCUUAUGUAUGUAAGAAUGAUCCCAUUACUUGAUGGAGCUCAUGUUAGCAGGGAUGGACAGCCUUGCACCUGUAGUCCUGGAUUAUGCAGUUGGAUCCUUGUGUAUGCACCUUUGUUCCUGAAACAGUGUAUUGCAAAUGUAUUCCCUGAUUUAUAACACUGACUCUGUUUAAAAAUUCUCGAGUUUGAUAUAAACUCAACAUCUAUUUAGGAUAUUCUCAAGAAAAAGAGGAAAAAAAUUCUCUGCCAUUUCAUAAGAAUAAACUAAAUGCAAGAUAACUUUGGAAAUAAUCUAUGAAGGAAAAGAAAUCUUACUUUUAAAGCUCUGAAAUUGGAAAAAGUGUGUUGCACUUCUCUCAGUGUUCAUUUAAGUUAUACCAUUACUUUGCUAUUAAAUAUCAUCUCUUUGGGGGUUACUCUGUUAAUGCACAUUUGAUUUCCUUUAAUGUUUAUCAUUUAUACUUCUACCUAAGAAGGAGAAUGCAUCUCUCAGUCCUUUGUACAACUGGAAUCUCAGUUGCAAAAUACAUUGGUUGUUGGUUGCACCUUUGGGGAAAAAAAUUACAAAUACUUUCCUCCAGUUUUUAUAUUAGGAUUCUGCCUUUUUAUUACUAACAUUAAAAAUGAGAUUUAUGUUUUGAGUUAGUGCUGUAUUCAAUUUUGUAUCUGUAAUGAAUGUUUAAAAUAUGCAUAUGUAAACUGGUUACAUUAUUAGUUUUCUUAAUCUUUCAGAGAUACUGAAAGUGAUUAAAACCUUAGGGGCACCUUCACUUCCCCGCUUUUUAUGGAAAGUAAAAUUAAGUAGAAGUUCCUUCUAAACUUAGCUGUUGGUUUCUCUGUUCUUUUGCAUCCAUUGUCCUUAUGAAAUAAGAAACAGAUAAUAAAACAGUGCUUUGUUUUGCUAAUUAAGACUUAGGCUUGUUUUUUUAAUUUUAUUUUUAUUUUAUAUAUUGAAAACCGCACACUCCAGUAUUUGUGGAAUUACAAGGAAGUUAGUUGACAAAAGAGAUCAGUCUAUCGUCUCUUACUUUUCUCAUGUUUUAUGGCAACAUACUGUAGCAGCAUUUCUUUGUAAUGAGUUAAUGUAACUGUGCAAAGCAUGCAAUAUUGAUUUCUUUUUUUUCUGUGUUUGCCGCUGUUAACUAGUACAGUUUUCCAUCUGUGUCAAUUUCCUUCAAUUAAAUAGCAGUCAUCUGACAGAUUUAUUUUGGUUUGCUCCAAUGCAUUCUACAGAAGGUUUCCUACAAAUUCUUGUUGGCUUUUCAUGUGUUUUGUUGUUUGUUUGUUUGUUUGUUUGUUUUUUACUGCAUUAGCUCAGAAAAGUUCUCUUUCAGACAAAUGUUACAUAGGGUUAUCUAAUCCUCUGUAGUUGAUGCAGCAGUUUGGUAGCCUGAAAUCUCAUCAGCAGGAGGAAGGGAAUUGGAACACAAUUUUCAAAGACUCUGCAAUCUAUUCCAGAUGUUUCAAAUACUGCAUAUUUUCCUUGCUAUUUCCUGUGAGCUUGGUUAGGAACAGCUGGCUCUGUGGUUUAGAGACACCUGGCUAGCUUUGCUUUGUGUCUAAGUUGGUUAUGAAAAAAAAUAUCACGAACUCAACAGUGAAGUUGACUGUAAACAGAUUUUGUAUGAAUGUAAAUAAGGCUUUGAAAGUUUGGGGCAAAAACGGAGUGGAGAAGAGAAAAUUUCAUUUUAUUCAACUGUCUGAAUGUAAUGCAUUUAGUUUUUAUCAUCUACUUUUAUUGAUGUGAACACCACAGGGAGAUGGAUAUCAUGAAUGUUAUUCAAGUAGCUUGCAGUUCACGCUUGGGAAAUGAUCCAUCACUAACGCUUCCAAAGCAGAUGACUCUGAAAUUAUAGUUUUGGGGAGGGAGGGUGAAGGUUACCUUUAAGCUUUCACUUUGCUGUCUCAGCUCCAGUGUAUCCUGGAAGGACUAUAUUGUGCCCUACUCCUUCUGAGUCUGCUUCUCUUUGAAUGAUGGCAACAGAAUAAACAGCGUAAAUCUGUGUCAGACACCAGAUGUCCAUCACAUUACAGCAUGGUGGUCUAAUUCCAAAUAUCUGAAUGUUGCAUGGAUGCGUGAUAUUUAUUGUACAUCUAUUUCUGGAAAGCUUCCUUUGGCAUCCUAACAGUAAUUUCCAUUGUUUAAUUCUACUAUUACUGCGUUUUGGAAAGAAAAAUCAAACAAGAAUAUACUGGAACACAGUUUGCAAUUCUGACUGCAAGUUCAAAAAGCUUAUAAACAAGCCUGGUUCCCUUUCUGCAUCUACUCUGGGACAAGAUGUAGCCUAUGGUGUCUGAUUUUGGUCUCUCCACACAUUCGUUGGCUGGAUGAGAAGUACAAGCCAAACACUCAGUGUGGAGACACUUAUGGACAAAUGAGAAUGAAAACAGAUGACUGAGGCCUGAUCCUGUUCUCAGAAAAGCUAUUGUAAAACCUGGAGGUGGAAGUUGAGCAAAAAGGGGCACUUACUGAUGCUUUCCCAGAGAGAGGAGCUUGAAGGUUGAGGGAACAGCACUGCCAUUGAAAGAGUCCACUGUGAAAGGAGUUAAUGCUCAAUCUGAAGUUACAUGGCAAGGGUGUAUCUGUGGGUAUGCAGCACAAUUAACAUGCUACUGGACUAUGACAAUUUUAUGAAGUUGUCAACUGCCAGCUGAGGACCUUGGAAUUUUCUUAGAAUUCUUCCUUUUAACCAGAGAAGGGGAAAAAGGGAAAAAAUGGAAUUGAGAUUGCAGUCCAUUUCUGAGACUUAAAUAUUUUGUGUACCAGACAUCCCACUCCAAGUCUUGAUCCUAAUGGACAGGUCAGCAGUGUUUUUCUGGUGCAUAAUGGAGGUGAGAUUUUGUCAGGAUACUUAUUCUCAGUAAUAUCAUCAAAUAUACUGCAAAGUUCCUCUUCAGUCUACAAGCAGAAACAUCUGAUAAUACACAAAUGUUUAUGACUUACACACUUGAAAUCGAAGCACCAGAUUUCUCUUCUACAAACAAGAUUUCAGUAUCCUCGAUAUUAAAAUAGUGAAAAAGUAUCGUAGCCUAGAGGAAAUGCAGUAUAUUUUUAGCCCUUUUCCUAACCAUUUUGAUUUCUUGUUGAAUUUUUUUUUUUUUCCCAUUGACAACACCAGGGAAUGUUUUUCAAAGUCUUAAUGCUGGACAAAAUAUAUGUGAAUAAUGGGACCUAAAAAGCAUUCCAGUAAAUGAAUUCUUUCUUACAGUAUGUAGCAAAAGUAGAUAUUGCAUGAAUAAUAUAACUAGAAUACUAAUUAAUGCAUUUAAUUUUAGAAUAGGGUCAUUAAGAAUCCUGAUUAUGCCAAGUAAUAAGUGGAAAUUAAUCUCCUCAGGCUUUUUGUGUGUGUGAGUAUGUGUGUCUGCAUUUUCCCUCCUAACAUGGAGACAUGGAAUGAAAGAAAGUUCUGAACUGAGAUGUGGAUUAGCUUUGAGCACAUGGUGGCAGUGAAUGCAGUCUUUUUCUGUGUUACAGAACUCCUAGUUAUUUACAGUGCUCUGUAAUAUUGUCAAAGAAAAAGAUUUCAGCAGCUGACAUACAGUAGGUGGUUAGCAAUCGGAGAAGUGGAGGCUCAGGAGAGACCAUUUUGCUGUCUACAGCUCCCUGAAAGGAGGUUAUAGCAAGGUAGGGGUCAGCUUCUUCUCCAAGGUAUCCAUAAAUAAGACAAGAGCUAGUGGCCUCAAGCUGAAGCUGGGGAGGUUCAGGAAAGAUAGAUAUCUAGAUGUCAGGAAAAAUUUAUUCUCUGAAAGAGUGGUAAGGCAUUGGAACAGGCUGCCCAGGGAGGUGAUGGAGUCACCAUCUCUGGAGGUGUUCAAAAAAAGUAGAGAUCAUGGCAGUGAGAGAUUUGAUUUAGUGAGCAUGGUGGAGACAGGCUAACAGUCUUUUCAAGACUUAAUGAUUCAUGGACUCUAUGAUAUUCCUGUUUUUUUUAACACCUCUGCCAAAAGAUAUCAGAUCCUCUUUUCUCUGUUAAACAUUCAUUUAGAAUUAUCCUGCUUUAAAAAAGAUACAUGUAAUUGUUCUUGGUGGAAAUAACAAUAAUAAAAUGUCUUAAACUGGGAGCACAGUUCCUCCAGGCUCUCUACAUAAUCUAGAGACACCUGCAAAAUGCAACUCAAAGUUUUGAUGGGUUAAGUCACUCACUCUCUGCUAAGUGCUCUUGAGCAGCUCUGGCCCUACCAGUGGAACCUCUGUACUGCUGGUUCUGCCCAGUCCCUGAGCUGUGAGUGCCCUCAGCAUGUUCUGACAUCAGCUCCACAUACAAGGUACAUGGAGGAGUUCGUAUUGAGUCUCUACUUAUCAGUAACUUAUUGCUGAGGAAGAGGUAUGUGUUAGGGGAGAAGAUGAGGUCUUUGGAGAUGUGGAAGAAUGAGCUGAUUCCUUUUAUGCAUUUAGAUUCUUCCAGUUACAGUGUGAGCUACUCGUGAAGCUAUUUCUAAAAUCUAUAUAAAAGCUUUACCUGAAUCUUCCCUGGCUUAAAAUCCUCAAAGCUACUCAGGUGUGAAGAGCUCAGUACUACUUAGAGUCUGGGCCUCAUUUUCCACCCGUGUAAAGAAACGGCUGCCAUGUGUCAUAGGAAUUGAGGUAUUGCAAAGGAGCUCUCAUAGUACAGGCAAUAAAAGCUGAAUGUUUUCUGCUUGCAUGCUUCAAUCACAGAUCAGAAAAUCCUUUAGUUUCCAGAUUUUACACAUAAUUUCAUCUGAAUUUACACUGAAAUGCACUAAAAUCCCUAAAGAUUUCAAUUCAUCUAAGUAAAUGCUGCUCUCUGUAGCUAAAUGUGGAUUUCAAGAGCCUACAUUUAUAGUGACAUUUCAAAAAUUGGAGCUGCAGAAUUGACCGUGGUCUAAGAAUAUUCCAUGCAGUGCUUCAGAGAGCUGUAUCAAGACUGGGGAGUGGACAAUGUAACUUUGAACAGCUGAGAAUCUUUUUUUUUUUUUUUUUUAAGUUAAGAAUGGAAAAUACAUGAAAUAUCAGACAGUUUGGCAGUUAAAGCAGACAGAAGACAGCAAGAGAAAUCAUGAUAUAAUAAAUAAAUGAGAGGAAGAAAUAUUUCUUUCUCUACAUUUUCCACACAGGAACACUUAGGUGCAACUUUUCAUUUUUCUUUUUUUUUUUUUUAAUGGACCUAUGUCAAAUACAUAAGGAACCUGAUAAUGACAUUAAUACUAACAAAAGAUGGAAUUUGAUGCCUUUAAAUAUGCGCAUUGUGAUCUCUGAUUUAUUUUACACAAACCAGACAGUAUCAGCCAGAGAUAAUCCUUGUCACAGAACAGAGACAGUGUUUCUCAUUCAAAAAUAGACUUCUGCUAUAUAUAGCCUACUUUAUUAUAAACUUUAUUCUUCAGUGAUUAAAUUAUUUAGUUCCUUAUGAGGUAUAAUAGUGUAGUCCAACACCAAAAGAAUCUCUCAAAGCUGAUCACUUCAGUUAGGAUGUAUUUCACUGUUCUCAGUUUUUAACUCAGUGGAAUAAUGGGGCAACAAUUUUGAUUCCAUUCAUAAAAGGAAAAGAAAAAAUAUAGCAAAACAACUGGAAAACAAUCUUUUGGGGAGAUGGUCCUGCCACAUUUUGAUUUUAUGUGCCACAUAGUGCAGAAUGGCUGCAUCCUUUUCCAUUCAGAAGGACAGCCCAUGCAGGUACCCACCAUUUGAGCAAGAACCCAAAGCUCAGUGUAACUGGGAAAUCUGAGAGCAAUUGCAUGAGCAAUGACUGAAACCUCCAUGCCUCCUGUAGAAGUUGUGCUACCAUUUAGUCAAAGCUUACUUAGAAAGCUCAGAGAUCAGAGAUAAACAGUUUAUUUCCUUCUAGAUCCAAAUUCUAGGGAUAAAUGGGCUGCUGGUGAGAAACACAUGGAUUCAAAUCACUUUCCAUUUAUCCCAUUAGAUCUUGGAUUCAGGUUAAAAAUUUCCACUGGGGAACUGAAUACUAAUAACCGGGUUCUUCAGAGUGGCCCUCUUUUUCUGUCUUAUUGAAACUGCUGCAUUUUAAAUAAAUAUGAAUUGAGUGAAGGAGAUGACAAUGAGUUAGUUAGAAGGGAAAGGUCAGUUUUUAUAUCAAUCCUGGACUUAGGGGUUUUGGAUGAUGAAAAACUCAACAUGAGCCAGCAGUGCACACUUGCAGCCUGGAAAGCCAAUGGUAUCCUGGGUUCCUUCAUAAAUGGGGUAGCCAGAAGGGCAAGAGAGAUGAUUAUCCCCCUCUAUUUGUUCCUUGUGAGGCCUCCAAUGCAGGAAAGAAAGCUGUUGGACAGGGUCCGGAACAGGGCCAUGAAGAUGAUUCAAAGGCUGAACGCCUCUUCAAUGAAGACAGGCUGAAGGAACUGGGCUUGUUCAGCCUGGAAAGAAGAAAGCUGUGGAAAGACCUCACUGUGGCCUUCCAGUAUUUAUAGCGAGUUUAUAAAUACGAGGGAAAUCCCCUUUUUACAUGAGUAAAUAGUGAUAGGACAAAGAGGAAUGGUUUAAAACUAAAGGAGGGAAGAUUUAGACUAGAUGUCAUAGGAAAUUUUUUUACUGAGAGAGUGGUAAGGUGCUGGAACGGUUGCCCAGAGAGGUGGAUGCCCCAUCCCUGGAGGCGUUUAAGGCCAGGUUGGAUGGGGCCCUGGGCAAUCUGAUCUAGUACUUGAUCUAGCAGCUGGCAGCCUUGUCUGUGUCAGUGAGAUUGGAACCUGAUGAUCCUUGAGGUCCCUUCCAACCCAAGUCUUUCUAUGAUUCUAUGGUGGCUCUCUUGUGACAUGCAAAACAGAAUGGUUUCCACAGAACAGCUUGUGUGUUUGCUAGCCUGAUUAUGUGCUUUGAAACACUGAAGGAAACAUUUUAAUUUCACAUAUGUAUGAGGCAUAGAGAAGAUUCGAAUGCUGUCUUCCUACACUGGGUAAGAUUAUUCUAGCCAGUAAGACAUACGUCUCCUCUGAUCUGUGAAUUGCUUCAAAACUCCUCAAUAAAUGUAGCCACUCUUCAUCAGCUUGUUUCAGAAAGAUUCUGAUGAUCCAGCCUGUCACUUCUGAAGGUUUUCCUCAUUUUUUUUGUGCCAGUCAAAAUUCAGCAAAUCCAAUUCACGUUGAAGAACCAGUUGAAACUUAGUCACCUUUUGGUUCAGCAUUUCUAGGUAUGUUGUAGGAGAGAACUGCACUCAUGAAAUGGA